CCUGCCAAAUUGUUUUUCUGCAUUGUGCGCUGCUCUGACACAGACAACUGAUUAUGAGAAGCUGAAGUUACAGAGAGCAUCAAGAACAAGUGUAUUUCAAGUACACUGGACAUGUCAGACCCUAAAAGAGCUGGAGCCGAUGCUGGAUCAGUGGUGUCAGACCCUCAACACUCCCAAAAGCUUCUAAGGGUCCUUCAGUCUUUCAGACAAGAUGAUUGUUUUCAAGAUGCAGUGCUGGUUUUGGAUGGUGAACAGAUUCCUGUUCAGAAAAACAUUCUGGCUGCUGCUAGUCCAUACAUCAGGACCAAAUUAAAUUACAACCCACCAAAGGAGGAUGGAUCUGUAUACAAAAUCGAGUUGCAAGGAAUCUCUGUCACGACCAUGAGGCAGAUUUUGGAGUACAUUUUCAGUGGGGAGAUUACCCUGAGUGAAGACACCAUCCAGGAUGUGGUUCAGGCUGCUGAUCUUCUGCUCCUCACUGAUCUCAAAUCCCUGUGCUGUCAGUUCCUGGAGAGCUGCAUCACUGCAGAGAACUGCAUCGGUAUUCGGGUCUUCUCUUUGCAUUACUGCCUGCACCACGUCUACCAUGUGGCCACCGAGUACCUGCAGACUCAUUUUCGUGAUGUGGCCAAUACAGAGGAGUUCCUGGAGCAGCUGCCCGAUCGCCUGUGUGAGCUCCUGUCCAUGGAGAAGCUCAACGUAGGGAAUGAAAAGCACGUUCUGGAGGCCGUGGUCCGCUGGAUCGCCCAUGACAUUGAAGCUCGGAGAGUCCAUAUGAAAGAGGUGAUGUCUGCCGUGUGGGUUCAAGGCCUGGACCAGAGCUACCUCCAGGAGCAGAUGCUCGGAGACUCCCUGAUGAGGGAGGUGAUACGGAAUUGUUGUAUGGAGUCGCUAGGAGGAGCAAUGCAGCAUGGGGAGGCGCUGCUCGCUGCGUUUAAACCCCGCGGCUACUCUGAGUGUAUCGUCACUGUAGGGGGGGAGGAGAGGACCUCUCGGAGGCCCAUGGCAGCAGCGCGAUGCAUGUGUCCGCUUUACGACCGAGACAGGCAGCUCUGGAUAGAACUGAAGCCAAUGAAUGAGAGGCGUGUUGGCCACGGGGUUGUGUCAGCAGAGGGGUACCUGUUUGCAAUAGGAGGAAUGAAUGAGAAUAAAACUGUCUUGAGCAGUGGAGAGAAAUAUGACCCAGAGACCAACACCUGGACCCAAAUCCCACCGAUGAUGCAGGCCAGACAGCACUUCGCCAUUGCAGAGUUGGAUGGGAUGAUCUAUGUUUUGGGUGGAGAGAACGAAGACACUGAGGUCCUCCUCACGAUGGAGGUGUUUGACCCCCAUUGCAGUGUUUGGAGAACACGACCAAAAAUGACCACAGUUCGCAAAUUUGGUUGCUGUGCCACCAUGAAAAAGAGACUGUAUGUGAUGGGCGGAGGAUCGUACGGGAAGAUUUAUGACUCUGUGGAGAGCUAUGACCCCAAAACCCAGCAGUGGACAACAGUCUGCCCUCUUAAGGAAAGGAGGUUUGGCGCGGUAGCAUGUGGGAUUGGACAAGAGCUCUAUGUAUUUGGUGGUGUGAGGAACAGAGACGCUGACAACCCAGAGUCCAGUCAGAUGACCAUCUGCAAGUCUGAGUUCUUCCACGAUGAACUAAAAAGGUGGGUGCUUUUAGAUGACCAGAACCUCUGCAUACAGGCCACAUCGUCUUUUGUUUAUGGAGCUGUUCCCAUUGGUGCCAGUAUAUAUGUGGUUGGAGAACUUGACACUGGCACCAGUUUUGACUAUGUGCGAGAGUUCCGCAGAAGCACGGGUACCUGGCACCCCACCAGACCCCUCAUGCCCUCUGAUCUGAGCAAGACGAGCUGUGCCGCCCUACGCAUCGCUAACUGUAAGCUGUUCCGCCUGCAGCUCCAUCAGGGACAGUUCCGGAUCCGGGUUCAAUCCACAUAAGCAACCCCCAUCCUCACCACUGGCUUUAUGUCACUCCUCCAUCGUCUGCUUGUUUGGAGUAGGAUACAGAGGAUUGUGAGAUCACACUGGCAACAGCAGAGGUUUGCUUAUAAUGUGGGAAAGCUUGAAUGAAUUUUCCUGUUUUUUAUGUUUGAUGUCUUUUCUUAGAGGAUGAAUUCUACAUCUUUUUUGGUUCCUCUUUACAUGAUUCCCAGUCACAGGAAAUGCUGUUACAUUAGAUGGGACCUGCUCACUAUUUUCAUGCUUUAUAUGAAUAGUUUACAAUAGAUUGUACCUAGCUGUUGUUGCAGCUUGUUGUUUAACACUAACAUUUUUGAACAUUGGUGACGGAGGUGAAAAUUGCCUAUUUUAUACCAUUGUUAAGUCUUAAAUGUGGGUUCAGUAAGUAAGGGAACAAAUCAAAUCAAGAACUAAUCAGUGCUAGUGGUAUGUUCAUAUCAAACACAAUUAUGUUGCUAAUGCAAGUGUCUGUCUAGCUACUGUAAAAUCAAAGUUGAAAUGACGUGUUAGAAUAUUGAAAUGAUUCUAAAUCUCAUUGCUCUUGAUUUUUAAGACUCUCGUUAUACAUGUAUAUAUUUACAAUUUUAAAUAAAAUAAUUAUAUAUAAAAUACA